AUCUACAUUGUUAAAAAUAGACAUAAGUCUGUCACAUAGAAAAAUAAAAAAAUUUGCUGACACUACAGCGCUUGAUUCUUGGCUCUUGACAUGUGGUGGGUAAGGAAACAGCUGAUCCGGUGAACAUGGCGACGUUGAGAGGUUGUGUUUCGGCUGUCUGCGGUAUUUUGCCGAACAAUAUAAAUUUAUUAGGACAGACACGAAACUAUGUCGGCUGCAGAGUGAUACGCGACCAAAAGCGUAGGAGAUGGGCGAAAGAGUAUGCUGAAGAACGACUGCGACUAGUUGCCUUGAAACGCAAUAAUAUUUUACCACUCGAGAUCAGAGAGCUCGCUGGCAAACAAAUAGAUGAAACAAUUCCCAGACAGACUGCAUUAAGACAAUUAACACCAAGAUGUGUAGUAACAUCUCGUGGUCGAGGUACAGUGGUCCGGUGGAGAUUGUCACGUUUCAUCUUUCGUCACUUAGUCGACUAUAAUAAAAUAUCUGGAUUGCAACGUGCCAUUUGGUAGAACAAUUUUUAAAACACACUAUGUUAUUUGUAUUGUGCUAUGUGAAUGAGAUAUAAAUACACGAACGGAUAGAAUUAAAUAAAGUUUAUCAUAUUAAACUUUCAUCGUA